AAACGGAGGCAGAGGGGGGACAGGGCUGAGCAAGCAGCUGGGUCAGACGGGACGGGCCCGGAACGAGCGGGUGAGGCCAGGUGAGGCCGUUCCGUCAUGAGGCCGGCCGUGGUGGUCUUGGGGGCCCUGGUGGGGCUGCUGGCUGCCCAGGGGAAAGGGAACGACUGUCCUCAUAAAAAGUCGGCCACUCUGCUGCCAUCCUUCACGGUGACCCCGACCCCGACAGCGACAGAAAGCACGGCAAGCCCUGCGACCACGAGCGGCGUAACUACCACAGCGGGCGCCACCAGCCACGAGCCCACGACGGCCACGCACCGGCCCCCGACCACCCCCCGCCACGGAAACACCACGGUCCAUCCAACAACGAGCAACAGCACCGCCACCAGCCCAAACGCCUCCACCCGCUCCCCCCACCCAGCGCCGCCGCCACCCCCGCCGAGUCCCAGCCCAGGGCCCCAGGAGGCCGUAGGAGACUACACUUGGACUAAUGGUUCCCAGCCCUGCGUCCGGCUCCAAGCCCGGAUUCAGAUCGGAGUUGUGUACCCGACCCACGGCGGAGGAGAGGCCUGGGGCAUCUCCGUACUGAACCCCAACAAAACCAAGCCCCAGGGGGGCUGUGAGGGCGCCCGCCCCCAUCUGCUUCUCUCCUUCCCCUUCGGACAGCUCAGCUUCGGGUUCGAGCAGGAGCCACGGCAGGGCGCAGUCUACCUGAAGUACCUGGCUCUGGAGUACAACGUGUCCUUCCCACGGGCAGCGCAAUGGACCUUCUCGGGUCAGAAUUCAUCCCUUCGAGCUCCCCGUGUCAUCGGGCCCAUAACCGCCCUUCCUCUCUCAGGCUUGUCAACUGUCCUGCUUCCUCCGCAACUCCGCCCCUCUGCCCUUUUCCUUACUGCUCGGAGUCUUCUAGGGAAGCUCCCCGCCAAUCUCCUACUUCCCAACGCCCCCCCCCCCCCCCGACGCCUUCCUCCCUCCUCCCAUCUGGGCGCGGCCUCCACCCCGAUUCCUGCCGGCCCUCCCUCUCUGCCAGGUUUCUCUUGUCCCAGCGACCAGUUCAACCUGCUGCCCCUCAUCAUCGGCUUGAUCUCGCUGGGCCUCCUCACCCUGCUGCUGGUUACAUUCUGCAUCGUCCGGAGACGGCCACCGGCCUACCAGCCCCUCUGAGCACCGGGUCCAGUACCAGGUGACACCGCAGAGCCCUGCGUUCUCACCACUCAAGCGACUCAGCACCAAAGUUACCUUCCCUCUCCGUCUUCAGGAGCAAAAGUGGAGCUAAGAUGUUCAUUAAACGUGCGCAGUUUCUCCUCUCCCGGCCCCAGAAUACUAAAACCUGCUCCAACCUCUGUCCUCGGUGUUCCCUGCCCUUCUUGCCAGGAUUAAAAGCCCUGAGUGUCAGUC